AUGAUGAAGGUGUUCGAUCUACAGCAUGAUGACUAUGAUGAAAUUGCCACUAAUGGAGUAAACUGUACCAUCGAUGCAGCAUUUAAAAAAGUCAGAAGAACUUCUGCAGCCUUCUUCAUAUGGAAAAUUGAGAAAAUGAAUGUUGCUGCAAUUCCAAAAGAUCAGUAUGGGAUAUUCUAUGAUACAGAUGCCUAUAUUAUAUAUGCUGCCUCACAAAAAGACCAAGUUUGUGGAACUGACACAGUGUCACGAGAAAUCAAAGGAUGCACCAUGGAAUACCAUAUCCACUUCUGGCUGGGCUCACAGACAAAUCCAGAUAGGUCUGGAGUGGCUGCAUAUAAAACUGUCGAAUUAGACAGUUAUCUCAACAGCUGUGCAACUCAACACAGGGAAACUGAAGGAAAUGAAAGUCCUAGAUUCUUGAGCUACUUCAAAAACGGAAUGAGGAUAUUCAGAUAUGAACAAAUCGCUGAUUGUCAGGAUGUACGUUUGUACAGAGUAAAGGGCAAAAGGAUUCCAGUUCUGAAAGAAAUGUCGAAAGUUUCGUGGGACUUUUUCAACAGUGCUGAUAUCUUCCUGAUGGCAACAAGGAAGAAUAUUUUUAUGUGGACAGGAAGAGCUGCAGAUGCUGUUGAAAAACUUCAUGCAACCAACAUUGCCAUAGAAAUGAAGGAAGAUCUUAAACUCUCCAACAUACUAUUUGUCGACGAUGGAUACGAAAAAACCCUGAAAGACGAUAUAAAAAUAGAAUUCAACAAAUAUCUCCCACUGGAAAAUCGACUCAUAUUACCAGAAAAUCAUGAUGCAGAUGAAAAUGGAAAUUACCAAAGAUCCACCAUCAAAUUAUACAAAUGUACAGAAAAUAAUGGAAAAUACAGGGUAGUCGAACUGAAAAGUGGACCUUUGAGUCAAAAGGAUCUGAGUGCCGAAGAUGUUUUCAUAAUCGAUCACGACAUCAAGGGGAUUUGGGUAUGGGUGGGCAAAAAAGCCAACGACAAGGAACGUAGCGAAGCAUUGAGGAAUGCUCGUGGUUUCGUAAAGAAAAAGGCAUACUCCUCGAGUACCCAAGUGACCAGAGUUGUGGACGGCUAUGAACCUUGCGAAUUUAAAAUGCUAUUCGCUUCCUGGUUGGACCACACCAAAGGCUCGGCUCCAAAAAUCAUCGUCUCCAAAUACGACGCCGACGCAAUGGAGGACCGCCCCAGCCUGUCCGCCGAGACGCAGCUGAUCGACGACGGGGCAGGAAGCACGACGGUCUGGAGGGUCAAACAAACGAGUAUCGUGGAGGUGCCGAAGGAGAGACACGGGGUAUUUUUCUCCGGGGACUGCUACAUCGUCCUGUAUACUUACCAUACGGCGUCGAUGGGGCAGAAGCAUUUGCUCUACAGUUGGGUGGGUUCUCAUGCAAGCCAAGAUGAAAUAAAUAGCACCAUACAGAAACUUGAUGAAAUUGAUGAUGAAAUGGGACAAUUGGGAUUUCAAGCUCGUAUCAUUCAGGGCAGAGAAACGGCACAUUUAUUGCAAAUUUUCAAGGGAAAAUUUACAAUUUUCAAAGGAAAAGGGAGUGACUAUGAUGAAACAGGAAAAAACUUGAAGAGUCCGAGCCAGUAUCUUCUCCAGGUGUUUGGCUCCACCACUUACAGCAGCAAAGCAAUUCAAGUAAGCAUAAAAGCUUCUUCAUUCAACUCGAACUACUGUUUCGUGCUGAAGAGAGGAAAGAAAGCUUUUAUCUGGUCCGGGACGUAUUCAACAGGAGAUCAAAGAGAGAUGGCAAAGGGAUUCGCUGGUAAAGACAUCGAGCUUGUAUCGGAAGGUAAAGAGAAAGAAGAUUUUUUCCAUCUUCUAGGAGGGAAAUCGCCAUACUCCACACAAAUGAUGAAAACUCUCUCUGAUCCCAGACCACCCAGAUUAUUUCACUGCAGAUCUUUCAAUGGAAGUUUCACAGCUCAGGAGAUGAUUUUCUUUGGACAAAAAGAUCUCAUACCGGAACAUGUGAUGCUUCUGGAUACUAACGACUCUAUUUAUAUGUGGAUUGGAAAUCUGGCUAGCAAUGAGGAAAGGAAAUCAAGUGCACGAACAGCGAUGGAUUACUUACAAACGGAUCCAUCUGGCAGAGACAUGAAUAUAGCUGUGAUUCAUAUAAAACAAGAAAAGGAACCUCCGUCCUUCAAGGGAUUCUUUCCCACAUGGGACAAUACAUUUUGGAAAGAUUACAAAACAUUUUCGAGAGUGAGACAUGACCUAGAAAUGAAAAAUGUUAAUACAAAUGGAAUGGACACAAACGGGGUAUCAAAUCAUGAUAUAUCCUGCCAUAGCAAUUUUGAUCAAUUUGAUAAAUAUCCUGUAACUAUAUUAAGAGAACCAAAUGACAAGUUACCAGCUAGAAUUGAUUCAUUAAAUAAAGAAUUGCAUCUCACACAUGAUGAUUUUGUAUCACUAUUCAAAAUGCCGUAUAUCGAAUUUGAGAAAUUAACUCGAUGGAAACAGCAGGAAAUGAAGAAAAAAGUUGGAUUAUUUUAAUUGACUAGGUAUACCUAUCUAAUUAGAAUUUUUUAUAAAUAUUUGAAUGUUGAAAGAAAAUUAAGUAUAAGUAUAUUAAUUUCAGGGCCUCUUACCUAUAUGAUGAUAAAAAUUGUUAAAUAUAUUUUUCGAGAAAAUGUGAAAAAUUUAUUAUAUUAAUUAAAUGCU